AUGGAGCGCCUACCCAACGAAUUGCUUUUUAUAAUCGGAAAGCACACCAUGGACCGAUGGCGCCCCGCGAAGACACUGUGCUCGCUGACCCUGUGCUCUCGGCGGUUGCAUUCAGUGUUUCAACCUUUGUUACUUUAUCACAUUACUCCCAACUGGUCUAUCCAUAUCGUUCAUUUGAUUAUACGCCUCUGGAGACACCCCGAGCUGGCUAGGAAGGUGCGUCAUUUGGUGACUUCAUGGCUAGACUGUGACGGUGGACCCUGUAAAGGUCUAGGCGAGGACGAAACCGUCGGGGACGAUGUGGUCGAAUUUGUCGACGCUGCAUUGGACGAGAUUCUCGAGGCGGAGGAAGCAGACACGAGGACCAAAUGGAAAGAGCAUCUGCUGAUCCCCUGCGAGGAGGCCUGGUUAGGGCUACUCCUCGUCCGCACCACCCAUCUGGAAACCAUCGAGUUCUCCCACGGGUCCACGGAGCUGAUGGCGGACAUUCUGCGCAAGGCCGCACGGCGCCAGCGACCCUUCCACCGUACCUCUCCCUUUCCCCAUCUCCAAGAAGUCUUCGUCUCAUCCCAAACGGCCGAUACCUGGGUAGAUUCGGCAUUUCUUCAGCCCUUCUUCUACUUCCCGGCGGUCCGAAAGAUCGACGGGGGACCCGUCGGCGAGUCGUACCGGGACGGCACCGAGACCUGGUCGCGGGACAUCCGCCAUUCGUCACGCCCGGUGCGCGAGGUUACUGUUCGGCCCGCGUGGUGGUGCCGCGGCAUGCUCGACUGGCUUGCCGCGAGCCCGGCGCUCGAGCAUGUCGCUCUUGUCUUCGGGCUGCACCGGGACGAGGACCAUCUGCCGGAGAAGUGCAAGUUCCACGCUCCGGAAUUCCGCCACGCGCUCCUCCCAUUCACCAGGACACUCCGGACCCUUCACCUACAAGUCGAAGACCCGUUCGAGGAGAACUGGCGGUCGGUCACCAACGACAGGCGGCCGUUCGGGUCCCUCCGGGAAUUCGCCGUGCUGGACGAGCUGCGCAUGCGGUGGGUGCACCUCCUGCAAGCCCCCCCGGCCCGGAUUUCCCGCUUCUGCGGGAACAAGACGCGGUCGCUUGUGGAGAUCCUUCCCGCCUCGCUGAGGCGGCUGGACGUGCUGGAGCUCGAGGAGCACUAUUAUAUCGAUCUGCUGUUGCAGUUGUCGCGGUUGGUGCAGCACCGGACCUCAUUCCCGCGACUGAGGCGAGUUGGAGUCUACGUGAAGGAGGUAGAUGGAGACCUGCGGAGCGCUUUGCAGCAGGAAUUCGCGUAUACGGGGAUCGACGUGACGGUGGAGGUGCAAGAGUCCAGAUGGUAGGCAAAUGGGCGGCCAUGGGAAAAGAAAUCAGUAUAGGCUGGCGCAUUGAUUCCUCACGAG